AUGGAAUGGGAUGAAGAUCGCCCAAUCCAUUUUGUGGGGCAUUCGGCGGGAGCGCAGGUCGUUCGGGUUUUGCAACAGAUGCUAGCUGAUAAUGCAUUCAAGGGGUAUGAGAAUACUUCUGAGAGCUGGGUGUUGAGUAUCACAUCCUUAUCAGGGGCAUUCAAUGGGACCACAAGAACCUACUUAGAUGGAAUGCGGCCGGAGGAUGGAAAGACAAUGAAGGCAGUAUGUCUACUUCAGCUUUGCCGUCUCGGAGUGAUAGUAUACGAUUGGCUCGACAUCCCGUGGUUGAACGCCUAUUACAAUUUUGGUUUUGAUCAUUUUGGCAUUUCUUGGAAGAAAGUAGGGAUUUGGGGUCUUUUGGAUUGCAUAUUGGGAAAUACAGGCCCCUUUGCCUCUGGCGAUUGGAUUCUCCCGGACCUCACGAUUCAAGGGUCAAUACGAUUGAACAGCCAUCUGCAUUCUUUCCCCAAUACAUUUUAUUUCAGUUACGCCACCAAGAGUACUCGAAAGAUCCUCGGCAUCACAGUUCCUUCAAGCAUGCUUGGGAUCCACCCGCUGUUUUUCAUAAGGGUAGAUGAGUCAAUGGCGGCAUCCUCCAGAUGUUCCUCCUCCUUACAAAGGCUACAGGUGAAAAUCUUACGGUAUAUGUUUCACUAUUAG